GCUGCUGCUGCUGCUCCCCGCCUCUCAUUGUCAGGAGGAGCCCCAGCACUGCAGCCCUGCGAGCGGGCCGGAUCCAAGCGGGCCGCCGCCGCCGCCGCGCAUCGCGGAGUGGGGGCCCCCGGGGGUCUCCGCUGCCGCAGCCUGAGGCGACGAAACCCCGGGCUGCAGCUGCUGCAACUGCAACUGCUGCUGGUUGGUGGCGCGGCUGCUACCGCCGCCUUCGCCGCUCCUCGAGAAAGUCCUUGGCGGACUUGGAUCCUUCGAUUCCCGGCUAAGUUCCUUAGGGGAAGGAAAAAGGUGGCGGAUUCGGCGGGGAGAAGAAGGAGAUUAGGAAAGCUGAGCCAUUCACAUCUACAUCACUCGGUGGAACAAGCUUUUUUUGCUGAUCAGACAGCCCCUUCGCGCAAGCCAGCCAAUAAACAGGGAUGUCUCCCGUUAACUAUGGUUUCCUGUUUCAUAUGAGCUGGGAAACGAUGGUUACUCCACUUCCAAACAAGCCAGAAUAGUGCUGGUCAUCUUCCCAAGGAACUUAAUGAAACAAGUAGAAGAAUAAAGAGCUAUAAAAAUCCAAUUCCUCACUCCCAUUUGGAAAAAAAAAAUCUGAAAGCAGAGGGGUAGAACAAACAUGGCGGACUAUUCAGCUUAUAAAGAGACGUCGAAUCGUCACUUACGUUUCAAGCUCCAGAGUCUCGGCCGCCGUCUCGAUGAAUUAGAGGAAGCGACGAAAAACCUCCAGAAAGCUGAGGAUGAGUUGCUGGACUUGCAGGACAAAGUUAUCCAGGCAGAAGGCAGCAACUCAAGCAUGCUGGCCGAUGUGGAAGUUUUGCGCAAAAGAGUCUUGAAAAUUGAAGGGAAGGAUGAGGAGAUCAGGAAAGCGGAAGAGCUUUGCCAGCUGAUGAAGGAGAAACUGGAGGAGGAGGAAAGUCUCACUCGGGAGCUGAAAUCCGAAAUCGAGCGUCUUCAGAAGCGAAUGGCAGAGCUGGAGAAGCUGGAGGAAGCUUUUGGCAGAAGUAAGAAUGACUGUACUCAGCUCUGCCUCAGCCUCAACGAGGAGAAAAACUUGACGAAGAAAAUAUCGACGGAACUGGAAGUUCUUAGGGCAAAAGUGAAAGAACUUGAGCAAUCUGAAGAUAGGCUGGAUAAAACUGAGCAGAGCUUAGUGAGUGAACUGGAAAAGCUUAAGUCGCUAGCUCUCACGUUCGUUAACGAAAAGAAACACUUCACUGAGAAGGAGAAGCAGAAUGAGAAAAUAAUACAAGAGCUGACACAAAAGCUUGAGCAAAAUAAUAAACUGAACCGGGCAGAUCAAACGCGAAACACAUCUAACCUGCUGGAAAGAUCAUCCAAUAGUAUUCUGGACAGAAACGACCUGAGGAUUGAAGUUGACUUGACAACUUCGGCGCUGUCCUCAAAGGAAACAAGGAGAAAAGGGAGUUUGGAAUACCUAAAGCUUGUGGAAAACGAAACUCGGAACAAAUCAGAAAAUCAGAAGAAUAAGAAUCAAGAAGACAACAAAGUGAAGGACCUCAACCAAGAAAUUGAGAAGCUAAAGACUCAAAUCAAACACUUCGAGUCUUUAGAAGAGGAGCUCAAAACCCUGAGAGCGAAGAAUAAUGACCUGCACGAUAGCUACUUGAGCGAGCAAAACAAAAACAAGCUCCUCAUAGGCCAGCUUGAAGAAAUAAAGGCGCAGAUGAAGAAGCAGAAAGAGCUGGAGAACGGUGAGGCAGAAACAGAGGAAAUUAACUUACCCAGCCGAAUGAAGCACGACAGGCCCAAACACAGGGCUGUCACAGCGGAGUCAGCUGUUUCUAAGCAUAAGUCUCGGGAAGUUUCUCCUCAGCACAGGCGGGGGAGAAUACGCAACCGAGAAUUCUCAUUUAAUAGCGAGAGCCAAGGCGGCAAGAGGGUCACAAGCCCUAACCUGAAUAGCAGGAGAGCAGCCAAAGCAUCGAGCACAUCGGCGUUAUUGGACACCUUAGCAACUGAUGCUAAACGGACAGAAGACAAAUCCACGCUGGGCACGCACUUUUCCUCGCAGAAAGACAGUGGAAACCCACCGGCGGAAGUAAAGAAAUCUAGAGAGCAGCCAUCUGUGCUUAGUCGUUACCCACCUGCAGCACAGGAGCACAAGUCUUGGAAAGCCUCUUCGAAACCCAAGAACGAGAGUGCGUUGAGGAGCAAAGUGGAAAAAACCUCCCAAUCACCAAACGACGCUCAUCACUGUAAGUCUGACGAACUUGAAGAGAAGCCCAGCAAAACGGAAACCUCCACAUCGCCUUCUGAAAAGGGAAUUAAGAUUCACGUUGCAGAACAACCCGCUCUUUCGACAGAGACUCGCAUCUCAAAAACACACCGUGGGGCCUCCAAUGAAGCUGCUUUGUCCUAUAGGAAUUACCUCUCUACGGAAACGUUAGCUGCUGAACCUACCACCUCAAAGAUGGAAACCGCUUUGGUCUCAUCUCGCAGGCAGCACUUGGAAGAGAGCUCUCCGAAGGCAGUCAACUCCCAGGAAAGAGAACCUCCGCACGAAAUGGUAAAGCCCUCACCUUUAGCAAAAUCUUGGCUCAUUUCAAGAAGUCAGGAAGAUAUCUUGCAGAGUCCCUCAGAUCCUCAGAAGGAAGAAAUGGAUCAGACCGCUGCCUCAGCCGCAAACUCUAACAACGGGGGCCUAAAACCCACUUCUGCAAGGGCCAGAGCUAUCAACAUCAACAGCCAUGAAAAAUUCAGCACCAGUGAAGAGACAAGUAAAAUGGCAACCGCUUCUGCUAUUGCUGACAUAGGGCUGAAAAGGGAACCUGCAUCUAGAGAGUUCGCAAGCUCCAAGAGGGGUAUUCGAACAUCUCCUUUUGAAAACGAUAAAAGUACUAGCAGCGAGGAAGAACUCAGCAGGUCCUCCAGGGCUUCUUCAGCCACUGCCCUUACAGGGACGAAAUCGAGAAGGCAGUUCAGUCCCAGAGAAGCACUGAGGUCUAAAGCCGUCAUCAAGCCUGCGAUUGUGGAAAAGGACGUGAAGGAAAUCAUGGGUGGCACAGGGCCAGACGCCAGCUCUGAAAAGCAGCAGCCUGUCUUUAAGACGGUGUCGCACAAAAUGACGAGCAGCAUCACCAUUUACCCAUCUGAGCCUGUGACUCAAAGGACCAGCGCGAGCGAUGCCGCGAAAGAGCAGCAGCACAUAUCUGCCAGCAACAUCCGAGUGCUUCCGAAUGAGCUUUCGCUGGGGACAAACGCGACUGGCACACCUUACGAGAUACCGAUUAACAAGAGCAAUAUAACCCUGAAGUUACCCGAGGCUGAGAAGAACGGGGACCCUGCUCCUAGGAGCAGGGUGGAAACGGUUGUCUCGAAAAGCAGCAUCACGAUAAAACCUUCUGAAUUCGGUGAGAAGAACAGCGAGCCGCCCAUGGAGACAAUCAACUGGAAGAGCCACGGGGCUUCAGAGGCCAACUCACCCGACACCAAACACGUCACGGUGAGAAGUGCGUGGCGAACGCGGCGGGGCUUGCAAUCUUCGGAGGACUCUGCGACGAAGGCGGUUGCAAAUGCAACCCCUCGAAAUCCAUAUAGGUCAUCUACGGACCCCCACAAACCAGAAGGGACUAGUGCACGCAUAUAUGCAAUUGAGCAGAAUUCCAGGAGGGCUAGCGCUGGUAUAAACUCUUGGAAUGCUGUGGAAUUAGACUCUAGAAGGACCAAAAGUAGCUUAACUGCAUCCGAGAUGCUUGGCCAGCGGAGCUGCAUUAGUGAUCCUGCGACUGCUUCCCCUUGGAGCUGCACAGUAUUACCGGAGGAAAACAAAGAUUUUGUUCCCAGUUCCAGAAGAAAACCGUUUGGCUCCUCUGAGCAGCUUGCCCGGGCUGAGACACCGAGGAAGAGGCCAGACGCCAGGCUGGAGGCGACACGCCAGCUGUCGGACAGCAAGGCUGAGGAGCGGAGGCGUUGGACCAAAGGCUGCUCAGAAGACAACUGAGCCUGUUGAUGUUGAGGGUCUUUCCCCCUCCAGUUGCAUGACCUCCAGAAGCUGAGCUUCAUUCUUCAUCCCUACACUGGUCUCUUCCCUGCAGCCAGUCCAACACAGGGACAUGUACAGUGCCUGACUUUUAACCCCUUCAGUGCUCAAGGUCCUUUCUGCCCACUAGCCUUGGGUGGAUUUUAUUUUUUUAUUUUUUAAAAGGUGGCUUUGUGUUUUCCUUCUCCUCCCUGGAGGAGGCCGCAGACACUUCGCUCAGGGGAAUCCCACUCUGAAAUCUUAUUGAGCUUGAAUCAAUGGUAACCUAUGGCUGGUGAAUGGCUCUGCAUCUCUCUAGGAGGUACCCAAUAACUUUGGAUCAGGUUGGACAAACCUUUGAGGCGAACAGCCUUGACCUCUGCCAUCUGCCGCCCUUUUUCCUGGAGAAGCAAGAGGUGUGUUUUUGUGUGUGCGGGUGGGUGUUGGUAACCACUGCAAGAAGCGAGAACUGCCCCAGACACACCUGCUUGCCGGAUCUCAAGAGCCCAGAACGGCACGUUGAGAAUUUCCAUUCCUUGCCGGAUUUUUGCUGUUCCAUCUUCUGAAAGAAGUUUACAUUGAAGCUGGUUUCCGUGUGCCGCAAGUACUCUCCGAGAUGCCGCUCCGGAAAGGAUGGUGCGGGGAGGGGAAUGACGCAGUUCCAGGAACCCCACUCCAAGGCCAUUGCUUCCCACCAGCCAUAGCUCUCUCGCAGCAUACCUGCACUGCAGUGGCUUGGCCAUUUGCAAGUACUUCUGCCUGAGCCUGACACAUAAGCAAUAAGCAUGACAUCCAAGAUUUUCGCCCAUCUCCCGCUCUGCAGGCUGGGUGCUAAGGAAGCAGCCCCUUCCCUCCCCAAACGCUUGAGUUCUUGCCUUCGCUUCCUUCCUCACCCGCAAGCCUCGCAGGAUCCAAACUCUGGCUAGACUCAAAUCAGGCGGAGCAAGAAACCUCACCGACACCCCAAGCCCAAUGUCAUCCCAGCCAAAGGAGGCGGAGUGCUCCGUGGGGCCUUGCUUGCUUGGAAGAGCCUGUGGCGCAUUACUUGAACUAACAGCCUGAGGCCUCAGUGUGGGCUGCACCACACCUCAGGACUGGGGCAGCCACUGGGCAUUUGGCACAGCCUGCUCAGAGAAGUGGGGAAGAAGAGGCUCCUUUGUUCAGCACCUCAACAUAUCUGGGGAGGUGGUGUUAUUCCUUUAUUUCUGCUACCUCACUCUUCACUUGCAUGGGCAAAGGGACCAGCAGAGACUCAUCCAGAGACACAGCGAUUGCGCUCUUCUGCACCCGAGUCAGCAGACAGAACGUUGGACCCCACCAGUGCCACGGCAGCUGCUCACCUUGGCCUAGUCUUCUCAGUCUUCCCCCAUGCAUUUGGCACAUAAGGCUUAGAUGCUGCUGUAAACGUAAGUGUUUUGUACCCACCUCCCCUGCCAGGCCUUUCUAGGUAUCCAUUUCGUGGCAGAUCGGACAGCACUGUUCCCACGAGGAACAGUGCCCCCGCCACUCUCCCUCCAAGCAGAGGUAAUCCAUUCAGACUUAAGAAGGAGGCAGCUCAGUUUCACUCCCCAUGAAAAGGAAUUGGGAACAAAACAAUGUUUUAAAAGUUAGAUAGAGUUUAAUGUGCAUUAGCAAUGCAUCGCCACAUGGGUUUGGUGCAUGAAGUGCACUCAUUCUGCCCGGAGUUCACACAUGCACAGUUAGGUGAGGCCUACGACUCUGUUGAAAAGCCAAGAGCAUCAGGCUAGGCUUCCAGGGUUUCAGAUGGAAAACCUGGCUUAGGAAAAAAACACCCCAAAUUCGCCACUUUGCCUUUUUAAAAAAAACACACACACAUUGUGAACCUUUAGAAAUAACUGAGGUUUGCUGUGGUUCCUACUCUAUCCUUUACCCGACAGUUUUUAAUUCAGCCAAAGGUUUUAAAAAACGUUAUUUUAACUGAUUCAGAUGUGAGAGGCACAGAAUGCGGACAAUGGUGCCAUUUAUCGGACCAAGUGGUUAAGCUUCAGGAGGAUCUUGAAGCAUGAGUGUUCUAAGAAUAAGUUUACAUGCCCCUGGUUUUGGCUAGCAAUGCUAUAAAAGGCACCAUUGUUCCCUACUGAUUUCUCACAGAGGUGGGCAGAAGGGUGUGCACCAUCUUUUAAAAAUAAUUAUUACCCGAACUGUGCUAACAAAAGUUAACUUCUGCAACUUGUAUGCAUCAUUCACAUUUUCACGUGCUCUCCCGCUGGUCAGUGGACUGGGGGAGACACAGAAGCCAAACAAUGAGAUCAUCUCAAGUAUUGCCCACGCUCUUUCACGCAUAUUUUCAGUGUUGAGUCUAGAACCUUGUGUUUCAUGCUCCCGUCUCUUUGUGAUGUAAUCACAGCAUAUCCGUGGUCCCACUUUCAUUCACCAAUUACAGGCCUCUCACUGGGGGGCCAUUUCACAGAUUUUAGCUUGCUUCCAUUGAUGGGUAGUCUGUUUACAUAAAGGUCUCAGCAAUAACUGAUCUGUAAGCAGCCAUUUUGAACUGGCGCACCCCUGUUAUGCUCAGAUGGUGCCUGUCUAGCGUUCAACAGGGGGCUGUGAUUUAAUCCAAAGUAGGAUGGUGAUUGUUUUUGCUAAAAAAAUUUUUAAAGCCAUGUCGUAGUUGAUUCAAGAAAGCACUUUAGCACCUGAAAAGUUUGAUUCAACGCUGAUGUUGGAUCUCAGCCUACUUGAAAAUUAAAGCAAGCCACCAACCAACGGGGAGGGGGGUGUUGCUAUCUGAGCCAUUUGUUUGGCUGGGUCAUAAAUGCUUAGAAUUUCCUGUGACGUGCACCAGCUCCAAGACCACUAGUUCAUAAAGUGAUAAAAUAGCCCCUUACUGAAACUUAUUUAUAUGAAAAUAAGUUCCUCUUGGACUUGUUUGUCUGUAAUUAUACUUGGGAAUGCAGCCUUAAUGGACAUUUCCCUUCCUCUGCAUGAUGAAAUCGGAGCCAUUUUCAUUGUGCCUGUUCAAAGCAGUGACACUUUCGAGUGCCCUUAGAAUGCCCUGCCUGAUUUUCUGGUGCAAAAGAAGCCCCACCAUGCAUACGACAACCCAGGUAAUUUCCCCCCCUGUUGGAAAGCUGGCUUGUCCACAUUCAACACUGCAAACUUCUCACAGGAUCUGGAAAAUGCUCCACCCCCUCUGAGCACUCCAUUUACCAUAAGAGCUAGAGAUUCACUUGAAUUUGAAACUAUUUUCUGCAUGACUAAUGCGUUCACAAAUUUAACCAUACACACACUGGCGCAAAAGAUCGUUCUGAACGCUUUCUCCAGGACUGAGUGCUCAGGGUCAGAAAGCUAGGUAUCUGGGUCCAAGUAAAAGUCGCCCAAGAAUAAAGGGUUUGGCAUUUGAGCCAUACACAGAAGGAUGAGGGCAAGUGUCCUUGUUCCUAGGCUGAUAGCACCUCUGAAAGCUGUACUGAUACCUUUCCCUUGCCAAGUGGACAUAGCAAAGUCCUCUUCAUCUUUGCUGGGGAAGAAAUGACCCAGUGGCAGUCCAGAUUUUUACAAAAAGGGAAAACUUAAAAGGAACCAGUUAUCUGUGUCUUAGGCCUUUGUUCCCUAGAUGGGGAGCGUUGUGAGCCCUCCAGCUAGAGUUUGACCACCAUCCUGGGUGUGGCUGAUGGGGAAUUGCGAGUCAACUAUUGCUGGAAGGCCACAGGUUCCACAUUCCUAGAACAUACUUGAGCAGCUGGGAAGAGGAAGAAUACAAGCCCCCCCCCUUCAGAUUAGAUAGGAAGCUUUUAUAACCGUAACACCUGGCCUUGCUUAACCAAGGAAUCUGCCUCAGCUUCAGCAAUAGGGCUUGAUGGAUGAGGUUGCUGCCUCCUUUCUGAAGGCACGUUAUGGAUCCCCCACCUACCCGUAAAAGAGAAAUGAAAUUGUCCUGAGUUAUUUUAGCUAGUUUAUUGCUUCAGAGCAGAGGACACCCCUCCCCCCUUUUUAUGUUUUUCAGGCCUGGGGUCUGUUGAUAGUCUUACAUUUCACUAAGCAUAAGGAAUGAAUGUAAAUAUCCGUUACAGUAUCGGUUGGGGGUUAUUUUAUUGAUGGCCCCAUAAAAAAAGGAUGACAAAACCCUAAGGAGACCUUAACCCUGAGUGCAAUAGGAGCUGAUUGUAUUAUUGAACUAGCAGUGGUGAGUUCAGGAAACAAGAGACUGUUUGGCUCAAGUUGCACACUUAAAAAAUAAACAGCUGUAAAGUGUAUUUGUAAAUAUUUGCCAGCAUUUUGGCAAGUUAAUUUUUGUUUUAACUGUAGCAUAUAAAUACAGUAGGAAUCCCCCAGGGACUUUCUAAUGCUGAAAAUUUGUGUGUAAAAAAAAACAAAACAAAAAACAAUUCCAGUGUUGUAAUUAUAUGUGCUGCAUGUGAUUAUUCCUUUUUAUGUCGAGAAACAAAAAAAAAAAAAAGCAACUUCUUCCAACUGGAGGUCAGAAUUGCCCUCAUGUACAGCCCGCACAAUGUUGCAUAGCCUAGUAAGAUCUGCUCCUUCACCUCCCUUCAUUGCAAAAAGCAGAACCGCUUCUCCGAUGAAAAGCCAGAGAGAGACCAUAGCUCAGUGGUAGAGCAGAUGAUUUGCAUGCAGACAGUCCUGGAUUCACAAGGCCUUGAAAGAGAGCCAGUCCACUGACAAUACUUGGGUAGGCCAGCCCAGUGUAGGGUAACGCCAUACUUCCUCAGGCCAUUAGUGCAUCUCUGGUUUUACGACAAGAUGUCAAGAGUGCCAAGAACCUAGAGUUUUAGCCAUAGAUUUGUCAGAAGGGACCCAUACGUAUGCAAGCAGCCAGGACAUUUAUUGUCUCACAGGCUUUUUGGAAUUGACAUUUCCCCUUCUCAAAAUGUGUAUAUGAGAUGAGAGAGGCUUACAUGAUGCCACCCCUCUACCCUGGGCAUCAGUGGAAGACAACCCCACAAAAGAUCUUGCUGCUUCAGUUGAAACCCCAACUUUAUAUCCAAAGAGGGAUAAAGUGGUGAAGGUACUGCAGUGCAGGGCCCACAUCCUUCCUCCCCUUUCUCUUUCCUCUUGGCUAGAGACCAAAGGAUUUGCUCAACCUUUCUGUGGCUGUUGGGAGUACAGUCUACUCCUUCCACGUCUGCACAAGGGGGAAGGCACGCCGGUCUUCCUGCCAUUUAUAAACACUUGAGAAUCCUUCAGAUUGUGUGGAAUGUAUUUUUAAGAGAUGAAAAUAUAUUUUUUCUACUUGCUAAUGUUAAGACUGGGUGGAAAGGGAUUGUCGAAUCCUGACAUGGUGUGCUUGCAGGCAGAUGAGCAUCUCCUGCCUUAACAUUCCCUCGCUUUCAGGUUAAGAGAAAGCAAGUGCAAUUUUUAGCAAAAUGUGUUCAGAGAUCCUCAUUUGCCAGCCCUCCAGAACCCAGGAAGCUACCAGCACUGUCCCAAUCACUCCACUCCUGACUCAAAAGGAAGCACUGUGGUGCUAGUAUGUUCAGCUGGGGAAAGGCCCUGCUCUUUCACCUCCCAAACCUGCCUGCACAUGGGACAGCAGGUGGUGCUAGCCUGCUAGUCACAGAGCAACAAGUCUGCAUGCUAUGUUUAAAUGCAAACAUUUGUCCGCAUGUUAUCUUCUGACUAAUGCUGUCUGUUCUACAGUACUUAAUCAAUAAAACUAUUUGUAUGUUA